UCACCUCUGGGUGUAAUCUAGUAUAGAAUGAACCAGUGUAAUCUGAUGACGUUGCCAGAUCAAUGGAUGCAGCGAUAGAUUUUCCAAUAUGGUUCCAUAAGGACGAAAUACUAUCAAAGCUAAAGACAUCGCAGGUACUUGUACUAACAGGUGAAACUGGAAGUGGUAAAUCAACCCUUCUUCCAAAAAUAUUGUAUGAAAAUGGAUAUGGAGACAGUACCAUUGUAGUUACGCAGCCUAGGCGUGUGGCUGCCAUAUCGUUAGCACGCCAUGUUGCAUCAUUAUUCAAUACUGACCUUGGCAGGUUGGUAGGCUACGCCGUGCGCUUUUCCAACUGUUAUUCGGAAGAAACAAGGAUUAAGUAUGUAACGGAUGGUGUUUUGUUUCAAGAAGUAUUAGACGAUCAGAUAUUCUCAAGGUAUUCCGUUGUUGUUAUUGAUGAAGCACAUGAACGAUCUAUCCGUACUGAUGUUCUUCUGGGUAUACUUCGCACGUCAAUAAAAAGGCGUUUGGACCUUAAAGUAGUUAUUAUGUCUGCUACAUUAAAGUCGAUUACAUUUUCAUCUUUUUUUGAAGGAGCAGCUGUGGUUCGAGUUCCGGGUAGGACCUAUCCCUUAGACAUCUAUUAUACUCCCCAACCACAAGAGGACUAUUUAGAGGCUGCAAUGCUAACUGUAUUGCAAAUCAAUUUUACAUAUAAAAAAGGGGAUAUUCUUGUAUUCCUACCAGGUCAAGAUGAUAUUGAGACCCUGGAGAACAUGAUAUCGGAGAAGGUAGAGGCAGUUAAAGAAUUUAUAAAGUCUACUGGGGAUCAAAUAAAUGGGAAGCUAUCGAAAAUUAAAAAGUAUACAGAGGUUCUAUUAGGUGAUACACCCUACGAUUUAAAACACUGGAUGGAAUUGCAAAUAGUUCCACUUUACGCUGCGUUACCUCUUGAACAGCAGUCUAAAGUCUUUCAGGUACCGGGAGAUGGUUGUCGUAAAGUAGUGCUUGCUACCAAUAUCGCUGAAACUAGCGUUACCAUCCCUGGAAUACGAUUUGUAGUGGACAGCGGUCUAGUGAAGCAGAAGCUUUUCAGCGUCAAAAAAUGCUUCGAGUCACUGGUUUUGCAGAAAAUAUCUAAAGAUUCUGCACAUCAAAGAGCAGGGCGUGCAGGUCGUAUGGGACCUGGAAAGGUGUUCCGCCUUUAUACUUCGGAGGCCUUCAACAGUAUGAGACUGUGUAGAAUACCUGAAAUACAGUGCACCAAUGUUGCCCAUAUAUACCUAGAGUUGAAGAUGAUUGGUGUCCACAACCCAUUGGAAUUCCCUUUGAUCGAUGCCCCGAGCAAAAAUGCUCUGCUGUCAGCAGCUAUGGAGCUGUAUCGACUGGAUGCCCUAGAUACAAAAACAAAUCUAACUGAUAUAGGGAUGAAAAUGGGUCGAAUACCGCUGUUGCCAAGACAUGCUAGGCUGCUACUAUUGUCUUUAGAGUUCAAGUGCACAUCGGAGAUACUCACAAUAGUGGCCAUGCUGUCAACAGAUAUGACACUAUUCACAUCGGAGAGGCACGAAAAGGAAUCAGCAAAGAUGAGGAAAAACAUAAUAAAUAAGAGCGGAGACCAUUUAAGUUUACUCAACAUGUACAACAUAUGGAAUGAUUCUCCAAAUAAAAAAGAGUGCUGUAGGCAAUUUGGAUUCAACCCAGGAGCUUUCAAACGAGCUGCGGAAAUCCGUAAUCAACUGGUAGAAGUACUUACCAAACGCAUAGGUGUAAUGAACGUACCCAGUUGCAAGGACUCUUCGGAAUGGGAUACUGUCUUAAAAUGCCUCUGUAGAGCUAAUUGGAUGAAUCUAGCCUCGCUAGAUACAGAUGGAAAGUCAUAUAAAUUGGAAGUGCAAAAUACAAAGGUCAUGAUACACCCACACUCUGUCCUGUUUACCAGAAGACCGUGUCCUCCGUUAGUCAUAUUCGACGAGUGCUCCAGCACAAAGAAGGUCUACAUACAAAACGUUUCAGAAAUAUCACACGAAUGGGUUGCACAGCUACUACCAAAUCUUGCACUAAAGAAACCUAUCAUAGAGCAAUAAGGGGUCAUUAAUGAUGAA